UGUCAUUUUCACUCUGAAUUUUCUUGGCUGAAUUCAAUAUGUUUUGAAAUUGUAGAAUUGGAUUUAUUAUAAACCUUUUUUUUCUCUCUGCAAUGACAGAGAACACAGUUACCAAAAUUGAAAUGUGAAUGUUUUGAUUCUGAGAGUCAUGAAUGUGAACAUUAGUUUUUCUUUUUCCUUUAUAAGAGGGUGAAAACAAAAUCCAGUUUUAUUCAGAUCAAGCUUCACAAACUGAAGUCAACACCAUGGGAAGAGUUCCAAGAACUCGUUUCUCUCUUCUUGUUCUUCUUCUGCUUAACAUUUUUGUGUUUUCUUUACUUCCAUUGAAGAUUGCUUCCUCACCAAGAACACAAGCAGAGGCUCUUAUAAGUUGGAAGAAAAGCUUGGAGUUGGAACCAUCUUCUCUGGAUUCAUGGUCCACCAACAACGUCAACAAUCUCUGCAACUGGACCAAUGUUGUCUGCGAUGGCUCCACUGGAGAAAUCUCACAAAUAGACCUCUCCAGUAUGGACCUGAAUGGAACUCUAGACCAGUUCAACUUCUCUCCAUUCCUUAACAUCACCGUCUUCAACCUCAACAACAAUGUUUUCUCUGGUUUCAUACCAACAGCCAUUGGUAAUCUCACCAAGCUCACUGUGUUGGACUUGAGUGACAAUGAUAUUGAAGGACAGAUACCAGUGGAGAUAAGCCGGUUAACAGAGCUUCAAUAUCUCAGUCUGUUCAACAAUUUUCUUGAGGGGCCAAUCCCUUACCAGAUCAGCAAUCUACCAAAGGUAUGGUACUUAUCCCUUGGAGCAAACAAUUUGGUGAAUUCUGAGUGGUCAAAAUUUUCAAGCAUGCCUUCUUUGACCUACCUUGAUAUUUAUUUGAAUCAGUUUAAUUCAACAUUCCCAGAUUUCAUAUCAAAGUGUAGGAACUUGACCUUCCUAGACAUGUCUCAAAACAGUUGGAAAGGUUCAAUUCCAGAGUCUGUAUUUUCCAAUCUGGGCAAACUCCAAUCUUUCAAUCUCACUAAUAAUCAAUUUAAGGGACCUUUGUCAUCAAACAUUUCAAAGCUUUCUCAGCUCACACACCUUCAUUUCCCAAAUAACCUUCUCGGUGGUGAAAUUCCUGAAGGAAUUGGUCUCCUACAAAAUCUUGAGGUUCUUGAACUGUAUAACAACUCCUUUAGUGGGAGUAUUCCUUCUUCUAUUGGCCAACUCAAGAAUCUCUUGCGUCUUGAUCUUCGCAUGAAUUCGUUAAACUCAACAAUUCCUUCUGCGCUUGGUUCUUGCACUAAGCUCGUUUACUUGGCUUUGGCUGCAAAUGGACUCGGUGGAGAAUUGCCAUACUCAUUAUCCAAUCUGAAUAGUCUCACAGAUCUUGGCUUAUCUGAUAAUUUUUUCACUGGCACUCUCUCCUCUGUCUUGAUCUCCAAUUGGACUGCUCUCACCUCACUACAAUUUCAAAACAACAGCCUCAGUGGGCAAAUUCCUAAAGAAAUUGGGCUAUUGAAGAAUGCCACUCAUAUUUUCCUAUACCAAAAUAACUUCAGUGGUCCAAUUCCCUCAGAGAUUGGAGACUUGAAGAAACUAGAUAACUUGGAUCUUUCUGGGAACCAUCUCACUGGUCCAAUUCCAUCUUCUUUAUGGAACCUCAAAAACCUCACCUCUGUGCAACUCUUCUACAACAAUCUGGUUGGAACCAUCCCACCAGAGAUUGGAAAUCUAGAAUCACUGACAACUUUUGAUGUUAACACCAACAGACUCUCAGGAGAGUUGCCGGUUAACAUUUCCAGCCUCAGCAACUUGGUGGGGUUCUCUGUUUUCACCAAUAAGUUCACAGGAACAAUCCCCAGAGACUUUGGGAAGAACAGUCCUAAUUUGAAAGACAUUAGCUUUUCAAACAACUCAUUUUCCGGAAAGUUGCCACCAUAUUUGUGUAAUGGGUUCAAGCUAGUGACUUUGACUGUGAACAACAACAGCUUCACGGGACCAUUGCCCGAGUGCCUAAGAAAAUGCACCAAUUUGAAGAGAGUAAGGUUCGAUGUGAACAAAUUCACAGGCAACAUCACCAAUGCUUUUGGUGUUCACCCAGUUCUUGAAUCCGUCUUCUUCAGCGACAAUCAAUUCGUAGGUCAAAUUUCAAGCACGUGGGAGCAAUGUGAGAAUCUCACCAGACUGCAGAUGGGUCGAAACAAAAUCUCAGGUAAGAUCCCACCUGAACUGGGGAAUGUGAAAAAUUUGCAAGUUUUGAGCUUAGAGUCCAACGAGUUAAUUGGGGAAAUUCCAAGUCAACUGGGAAACCUUAACCUGUUGUUCCAGCUCAACCUCAGCAACAAUCAUUUCACUGGUAGCAUCCCUCGAAGCCUGUCCAAGCUAUCGAGGCUGCAAACUCUUGAUCUGUCUGCGAACAAUGUUUCUGGGACCAUACCAACAUGGCUCGAGGAUUAUAAAUUUUUGUCGAGCUUGAAUCUCAGUCACAACAAGUUUUCUGGUGAAAUACCUGAAGAGCUUGGCAACUUGGUCUCGUUGAACUACAUGUUGGAUCUCAGCAGCAAUUCUUUCACUGGAGAAAUCCCAUCAAACUUGGCCAAGCUUUCAUCACUGGAGAUCCUCAACGUCUCACAUAAUAAACUCUCCGGCAAUAUCCCACCGUUUUCCGGAAUGCUUAGCCUAGUUUCGGUCAACUUCUCCUACAACAACUUGACGGGUCCAAUCCCAACAGGAAAAGCUUUCCAAAACAAGAACGCCUACUUGGGAAACCCUGGCUUAUGCGGAGACACUGAAGAGGUCAACCUCAAACGAUGUAGCCCAACGUUAAACAACAAAUCAAGCAACAAAACGACGCAUAUUCUUAUAGGGGUCCUUGUUCCCGUAUGUGCUUUGAUAAUACUUGCCAGUGUGACUGUUAUAAUUUGCUUAUUACGUCAGAAAGGCAGACUCCUCGACGACGAGAACCGAAGCUCUGACAGGUUCGACAACCCCGAGUCAUUUAUAUGGGAAAAAGAAUCAAAAUUCACUUUCCGUGAAAUUGUUAAGGCCACUGAGGACUUCUCCGAGAAAUACUGCAUUGGAAAAGGAGGAUUUGGUAGUGUGUACAAGGCUGUUCUAUCUUCGGGUACUGUUGCUAUCAAACGUUUGAACGUGUCCGACUCGAACGAAGUCCCGAAGAGCUACCGCCAGAGUUUCCUUAACGAGAUAAAGACUUUGACUGAAGUCAGGCACCGAAACAUCAUAAAGCUAUGUGGAUUUUGUUCAAGGAGGGGCUGCAUGUACUUGGUGUAUGAAUACAUACAGAAAGGAAGCUUGGCAAAAGUGUUAUAUGGCUUAGACAGUGAAGAUCUUGUCUGGGAAAUAAGAAUGAAAAUCAUUCAAGGCCUGGCUCAUGCGCUUGCUUACCUACACCAUGACUGUUCUCCUCCCAUUGUCCACCGAGAUGUCACCUUGAACAAUAUACUUCUCGAGUGGGACUUUGAGCCUAAACUGUCUGAUUUUGGCACAGCCAGAAUGUUGAACCCUGACUCUGCUAAUUGGACUACCGCUCAGGGGUCAUAUGGCUACAUGGCACCAGAACUGGCGCAGACAAUGCGUGUAACAGAUAAGAGCGAUGUGUUUAGCUUUGGAGUUGUUGCAUUAGAAGUAAUGAUGGGAAGGCACCCUGGGGAGAUGCUAGAAUCACUAUCGGCAUCAACAAGAGCAUUGUCAAAUGGUACUGAAUUGCUUCUCAAGGAUGUCUUAGACCAGAGGUUGCCACCUCCUGAUGGAGAAAUGGCUGAGGCAGUGGUGUUCAUGGUGUCUGUAGCCUUGUCGUGCGCUAGAACCAAUCCGGACAGGAGGCCAAACAUGCGGUUCGUGGCACAAGAACUAUCGGCUCGCACACAGCCUUACCUAUCUGAACCCUUUGGCUCCAUUACCAUGAACAAGUUAACGGGCUUUCGAAAGUGAGAAGAAAAUGUAAGUAGUGGUGUUUUUGUUUGAGCAAAAAUUAGCUCUGUAAUAUGAUAUGAGUAGAUACAGACCUAGUUUAGAAUUGUGUAUAAUCUUAUAAUUUUUUUAUUUUUUUUUAGCAUAAAAUAAAUUAAUAAGAGUGGAGUGAGUAGUCAUCAAAUAUAAGCUUGUAUUGCCUGAAUAAUCUCUGGGAUUUUCGCCAGAUUGGUGAAAUGUUAAUUAGAUUCUCGUGAAUGGAACUUUUUCUGUCGAGAAAAACUAUUUUCAGACA